AUGAACAAAUGCGGACACAGUACAGGAGAUGACCAGAGAUUGCGGACACAGUACAUGAGAUGACCAGAGACUGCGGACACAGUACAUGAGAUGACCAGAGACUGCAGACACAGUACAGGAGAUGACCAGAGACUGCGGACACAGUACAGGGAAUGACCAGAGACUGCGGACACAGUACAGGAGAUGACCAGAGACUGCGGACACAGUACAGGGAAUGACCAGAGACUGCGGACAUAGUACAGGAGAUGACCAGAGACUUCGGACAUACAACGGUGGCGGGAAUACUGGGCUGGCCGCUCCAUAAGAUGCACAGACAUUUCCCCCCAAGUAGAGGGGGGGGGAGAAAGAGGAGGGGGGGAGAGAGAGAGGAGGGGGGGGAGAGGAGGGUGAGAGAGAGAGAGCAGGAGAGAGAGAGAGAGAGGGGGGGGGGAGAGGGGGGGGGGGGGAGAGAGAGGAAGGGGGGAGAGAGAGAGAGGAAGGGGGGGAGAGAGAGAGGAAGGGGGAGAGAGAGGAGGGGGGGAGAAGAG